AAUUCAAAUUACCUGCUCGCGUCUUAAAUAAAACCAGUAGAACAGUACCACCGUCUCCCACGCCGCCUUACGCCGCCGGGAACUAUUGAACGACCUUCGUCGGGAAGCCAGGAAGCUCCAUGGACGACGUGGAUCGCUUGUUUCGAUGCUUCAAAUGUGGAACCUCUCCUCCGCAAUCUGCCGUCAGAGAGAAAAGAACAGAAAAGAGAAAAUUGAAGCAGAAUCUUUCACCGCAACUCCACACACUCGCCUCUGAAAAUAAGACAGUACAUGCGAACAGAUUUGGCAAGCAAUUCUCUCCUAUCGUAUUCUACGGUUCUCCAAAUGGUGUUCCUCCGAAAAAGCCUGUGCGUCUGCUCCGAUUGCUGCGUGAAAUUCGAGUUGAUCUCGCCGAACAAAACAAAUUGAGGGAAGAAGUAUGGACUACGUUCCCCAGGCAAGAUGAAGCAAUGAAAUUCGCCAAACAGCAUAUGACAGCUCCUGUUUUCAGCUAUCAAGAUCACAUGAACGGUCAGAGGAGGUUUCUUGUUUCAACAUAUAAGGAGUUCUGGCGGAGGUAUAAAGAAAUGAAUCCCAAAUUUCGUCAUCAUUAUGAAGUAAUCCAAGAGGGAUUUCCUUGCCAUCUCUAUUUUGAUCUGGAGUUUGAAAAAAGAGAAAAUGUGGGUAGAGAUGGAGAUGAGAUGGUGGAUCUUCUGAUAACUGUGGUGUUUGAUGCGCUGCUUGAGAAGUAUUCCAUUCAAGGAACUGAAGACUUUGUUGUGGAACUUGAUUCAUCAACUGAAGUGAAAUUUUCUCGCCAUCUAAUCAUUCGCUUACCGAAUACUGCAUUUAAAGACAACUCACAUGUUGGUGCAUUUGUUGCCGAGGUAUGCUCCCGCGUUCACCUUUAUAGAGAAAGAGAGGAAAAGUAUGGGAAACUUUUUGUUGCCAAAGGUUCGAAUUGUACCAGCCAGCUCUUUGUAGACACUGCUGUCUAUUCUAGGAAUCGAUGUUUUAGGAUACCCUUUUCAUCAAAAGCAGGGAAGAGCUCUUUUCUUCUACCCAGUGGACGUUAUAUGUGUAAGGGAAUGGGGGAGGAAGAAGUCUUUAUGGCAUCCUUGAUUUGCAACGUUGAUGCCAAUUCUGAGAUACGUCUAAUUUGCAAAAUGGAUAUAGAUUGUAUAAAGGCAUUGCACUUCGAAACUGAGCAGAUUACCGACAACACCCACAAACAUUUCGAAUGUCCUGAGAAGUUUAACCGGAGCGCCUGCACAAGUGAUGUUUCAUCAACUUAUAUGAUGGGAAAAUCGCCAUUCCCAGCUUUGGAUGCAUUUGUCGAAGCUAUCGCCUCAAAUGGAAAUGUAUCAGGCAAGAUUCGAAGCUGGUACUGGUUCUCAGAAUACUGGCUGAUGGUUUACAGCAUGUUGAAGAAUAGAUACUGUGAACGAAUCGGCAGAGAACAUAAAAGCAAUCACGUCAUCUACGUCGUUGAUCUAAGAAGGGCCGUUUACUACCAAAAGUGUCAUGAUCCAGAUUGCAAAGGUUAUCGAUCCCCCCUUCGUCCAGUCCCAGACAACAUUGUUCCCGACCCUGGAGACACCGAUCCCAUUCCCACAGACGAUGAAAGCUUCGAUGCCAGCUGCAUUAAAGAGGAAUGGUGGCAUGAAGCAGUUAAAGUUGCAGAGCAGGUUGAAAAUACCCUCAGCCUUACUCAGAUGGAUGAAACUUAUGAGGAAGAUGAGAAUUGGUGGAUGGCUGUUGAAAACACUGCUACACAAACUGAAUUGGCAUUGCUUCAGAAAGGUUAGCAGAGCUCCUUUAUUUAUUUUUUUUUAAACUUGCUUAUGGAAAAAUUAGGAAUGAGAAUUGAUAAAUGAUAUCAUACUUAAAAGUUUAAGCUUGUAGAUAUAUAUCAUUAAUUUGUUUUUGACUUAUGCAAGCUGGUGGUUGAAAUGGGUUAUGUUGCAUAUAGGUUGACUCUCUUAGACCAGCUAAAUGUAAAUAUUCAUUUCUUAGGUUGAUUCUUUGGUGUA